CGAAAAUCUAUUCGUCCUUAAGAAAUUCUGAGAGUGGAAAUCUUAAGCGUCUUCAAAAUGGGCCGCCCCUUCGUAACUAUUGUUGUUGUGCUUGUUGCUUCUAUGACAUCAAUGGUAGACGCAGCUGUACUGGACGGAUCGUGUGAUGCUACUGAUGUCUGCACUGUGGCAAAUAGCGAGUGCAGCACGAUAUGCAUCUGUGCUUCUGGAUACACCAAGCAGGGAGCAGCCUGUAAAGCGGAUAUCGGAACCGCCUGCUCUGCCACGACAGACUGUGAUACUGUAACCAAUGCUGCGACGAUCUGCGAUACAACAGCUACAACUUCCGUCUGCAAAGUUGCUCUACCACAGGAAACGUGUGUUACUAACGCAGACUGUACUGCUCCGAAUAACGAGUGCAAGACGACGAAAUGCGUCUGUGUCACUGGAUACACCCAGGAGGGAACAACCUGUAAAGCGGUUAUCGGCACCGCCUGCUCUGCCACGACGGACUGUGAUACUGUAACCAAUGUUGCGACGAUCUGCGAUACAACAGCUACACCUUCCGUCUGCAAAGUCGGUGAUGGCGGCAUCUGCACCGGAAAUCAAUGCGUGGAGAAUGCUGCAUGUGAUACAACUUGCUCUUGUAAUACCGACUACAAUGCUAACUCAGAAAAAUUGUGCAUGAAAGAUGGUGCCUCUGGUGUAACAGCUUCGUUGAUCAUCCUCGUGGCCAGCUUUUUGACAACUCUCAUGUGAAUGUAAAAGAGUUUGCCAAAAAAAAAUGAAACAAACAG